AUGAAUAUUUCAGCUCUUUUGACUUCUGCUGGAAUCAAUAUAGCAGUUUGCUUGAUACUUAUAUCACUUUAUUCCAUAUUGAGGAAACAACCAAGCAAUGUAACAGUGUACUUUGGGCGGAGGAUCGCUUCCGGUCGCUCAAGACGCACAGACCCUUUCUGCUUUGAGAGAUUUGUUCCUUCUCCAAGUUGGAUAGUGAGAGCCUGGGUAACAACUGAGGAAGAUUUAUUGGCUAUUGGUGGGAUGGACGCUGUGGUUUUUCUCAGGGUAGUUGUUUUCAGUCGAAUUUCUAUCUGUUGGUUUUGUGAUUUCUCACCCUUUUUUUGUUUUGUCUCUCUCUGUCUCUUGCCCUACAGUAUUAGGAUUUUUGCUAUUGCUGCAAUCAUUGGUUGUUUUGUGGUGCUUCCGGUGAAUUAUUAUGGUCAAAAGAGGCAGUACCAAGAAUUUCCCUUGGAGUCUUUGGAAGUAUUUACCAUCUUAAAUGUUCAAGAAGGCUCAAAGUGGCUCUGGACACAUUGUCUCACAUUAUAUAUCCUAACCUGCUCGGCUUGUGUGCUUCUUUAUUUUGAGUACAGAAGCAUUGCCAAAAUGAGGCUUGCUCAUAUUACUGAAUCUCCUCCAAACCCAAGUCAUUUUACAGUUCUUGUUCGUGCUAUUCCUUGGUCUGCUGAAGACACAUAUAGUAAUUCAGUAAAAAAAUUCUUUAUGAAAUACCAUGAAUCAAGCUAUUUGUUCCACCAAAUGGUGCAUCGAGCUGGUACUAUUCAAAAAUUGAUGAGUGAUGCCGAGAAGAUGUAUAUGGUUUUGAAGGCUGCUUCUGUUGAGAGGAAUUGUACACCAGGUUUAAUGCAAUGUGGUCCUUGUACAGAUCAUACCAACUCUUUUAAGGUGCUUUCUUCUGAGUUGGAGACUGUCAAGGAGGAGAGAGCUGACUUUGUUGACAUGGAUUUGGUUGGAAGAAAAAAGGAGUGUGCUGCUGCUUUCGUCUUUUUCAAGACUCGCUAUGCUGCUGUUGUUGCUGCACAGGUUCUUCAAUCAGCAAACCCCAUGUUAUGGGUGACAGACUCUGCUCCAGAACCUCAUGAUGUUUAUUGGUCAAAUCUGUGGAUACCAUAUGGACAGCUGUGGAUUCGUAAAAUAGCAACUCUUAUGGCUGCCAUUGCCUUCAUGCUUGUGUUUCUUAUUCCAGUUACAUUUGUCCAAGGCUUGACUCAACUAGAGCAGCUACAACAAACAUUUCCUUUUCUUAAAGGAAUUUUGAAGAAGAAAUUUGUAAGCCAGUUGGCAACAGGUUACCUUCCCAGUGUGAUCUUGAUUUUAUUUCUAUAUACAGUUCCGCCGACUAUGAUGCUAUUUUCGGUAGUGGAGGGGUCCAUCUCCCGAAGUGGUAGGAAAAAGAGUGCCUGCUGCAAAAUCUUGUACUUCACAAUCUGGAAUGUCUUUUUUGUUAAUGUCUUUACGGGGUCUGUCAUCCGCCAAUUGCGUGUCUUCUCUAGUGUGAAAGAUAUACCUGCACAGCUCGCCAACGCAGUUCCAGCGCAGGCUAGCUUCUUCUUGACUUAUGUUUUGUCUUCGGGUUGGGCAAGCUUGGCAUGCGAAGUCAUGCAAUUAUUUCCCCUUCUUUGCAACCUGAUUAAACGAGUUAUACUCAGAAUCAAGAGUGAUUCGCCUGAUGCCGCUCUGUCUUUUCCCUAUCACACUGAAAUUCCGAGACUUCUGCUUUUUGGAUUCCUGGGCUUUACUUGUUCCAUCUUGGUUCCCUUAAUAUUGCCCUUCUUGCUGGUCUACUUCGUACUCGCUUACUUUGUCUAUCGAAACCAGAUUCUUAACGUGUAUGUCUCAAAAUACGAAAGCGGGGGACUAUUCUGGCCUAUUGUUCACAAUACAACAAUCUUUUCCUUGGUUUUUAUGCAAAUAAUUGCUCUUGGGGUGUUCGGACUAAGGAGAUCACCAGUUUCAUCAGGCUUCACCAUUCCGCUGGUUAUUUGCACUCUUCUGUUUAACGAGUACUGUAGGCAGAGAUUUCACCCAAUAUUUAAGAACCACGCCGCUGAGGUUCUUAUCGACAUGGAUCGGCGAGAUGAAGAGUCCGGGAAGAUGGAAGAGAUUUAUCAACAAUUACAUUCAGCCUAUUACCAGUUUACACUAACUCCUCAUGACUUGUUUAAAUCUGGAAGUUCAAGUAAUCAUGAGGGUGGCGACAGCGUUCGGGAUCCAGAAAAUGUGAAGCCAGGUUUGAUUCAUCCAACGCUUGGAAGACUUCCUCUUUCUGGAAUCAAAGGUGUAAUUACUUGGCUGUUUCUUCUUUUCACUUUUCAGGAGAGGAACACAGUCAAGUAAAUGGGUCUAUCAAGAUCGUCUAGCCAGCUGCAAAUAGAGAGCUCUUUCCUUUUUCUUUUUUGGGGGUGCAUUUUUUAUGUAUUUGUAUGGAAUUUCAUACAUUUUGAUGGCGCCUGCGAGAACAUGGUGCUUGGAAGAGGAAAUAUAUCACCAUCAGAAAUUCUUCAAGAAACGGUGAGGCGGUGCAUUUAGCUGCAUAUGCAAAACUCCAGAGGCAUAUUUGUGGGACUUUUACGCGUCUUUCAUUCACAUUUCCCCCCGAAGAUUCCUUCGUUUCUUUUUUCGGCAAGGAAAUGGUAGGGGGAGUAUUCUUUCUUUCAUUGUGUACAGUUGUAACAGAGCAAACAAGUACGGUUAUUACUUUUGCGAAGAUUAAAUGAAUAUGCUAUUGGUAUAGACUUUAAAGA